AUGUUCAAGAAGAAGUGCCGGUCCGGCUCAAUGGCGGUCGUGCGUAAGUGAGCAGGGGGAAAUUGGGAAGGAACGUGCUCAAUCCAUUGCUUAUUCAAUUUUUGUAAUAUUACAGCCUGUCUCAUGGGAUCUUGCGUCGGGGACAAGUUCGUUUGUGAGGAUGUGGGAGGGAAGAAAUAUUGUUGUACACCACCAAAAGAUGCUGCUCCCACCACGCCGACAACGCCUACAACUCCGACUACACCAACAACGCCUACAACACCUACCACGCCUACAACAAUUACUACACUGACAACACCUGAUACUCCAACGACGCCCACUACUCCAACAACGCCGACGACUCCGACCACGCCAACCACACCUACAACGCCGACUACUUCUCAAGACCAAGACGGCGACAAUGAUACGACUCCCACCACGCCCACUACACCCACGACUCCCGCCGCAGCUAGUAAGUUUAUUUUUACUGAUUUGUUUGCGGCGUUUUGCGCUGACCACCGCAAUACAGCUUGAAAAGGUAGGGCUUUGGUAGUGCCGAUAAUUUCGCGACAUUUCGUCUUUCUUUUGAAUCAAUGAAAACGGUACGAAGUUUCGAAACGGUUCAGGAAAUGCGCUGGAUCGUGUAUAGUCCCUCUGCGUCAAAAAUACCUCCUUCGAAAAAAACGACCCAUUUUUCAGCCCCAUGUGCGAAUGGUGCAGUGGAUAAGACGACCGACUGUCAAAGACCUGAUGUGCAGGUGCUGUGCAACCGAAAAGAGUACAUUAAAAUAUUGAAAGAGGAGUGUCCACAGACUUGUGGGUUGUGCGACUCAACGACCCCUUCUCAAGACCAAGACGGCGACAAUGAUACGACUCCCACCACGCCCACUACACCCACGACUCCCGCCGCAGCUAGUACGUUUAUUUUUACUGAUUUGUUUGCGGCGUUUUGCGCUGACCACCGCAAUACAGCGUAAAAAGGUAGGGCUUUGGUAGUUCAGCCCCCCACGAAAUGUAGUUCAAACCCCCAUUGUUUUGCCCAUUUCACACCCCCCAUAAUGAAAAAAUUAGAAUAAUUCAAAAAAUGCAAAUUAGAGUAAAAUGACCCCCGGCGUUUGCAUCAUGCAUUUGUCUUUAUUUUUUUGCAUUGUCGCGGCAAUUUUUCGUUUCUACACAAGCGACAUGCGUGUUUACCCGCGGCAAAAGGAUUGUCCGAACUUUUCAACGCAAGCAGCUCUACUGGCAUGAACUACAGUAUUGAUCAAUAAUAAACACGUGGAAUUAAUCCACACGAUCCCUGGACCCCUCAAAAACACCCCUUCAAAAACAACGACCCAUUUUUCAGCCGCAUGUGCGAAUAGUGCUGUAGAUAAGACGACCGAGUGUCAAAGACCCGAUGUGAAGGUGCUGUGCAACCGAAAAAAGUACAUUAAAAUAUUGAAAGAGGAGUGUCCACAGACUUGUGGGUUGUGCGACUCAACGACCCCUUCUCAAGACCAAGACGGCGACAAUGAUAAUGGAGGAGGUGACAGCGAUAAUGAAGGUGGCGGAGAUGCCAGCUGCGUGGAUAAUAAUCCAGAGUAAGCAUUUUUUUGAUGGCCAAGGCAGCUACUUUUGAAUCGCACUUUUUGCGGGUUGGAGAACGAAAUGUUAAGAAAAAAAUUAUUGUUUGCUGUACAAAAAACGAUGGAGAAAAGCAAUGGUGACGAGCAGACAGAUUUUAUGUUUUUUCCAGACCUUGUGUUUUUUUGCACAGUAUAUCGCAUUUUUUAAAUAACGCAGCAAUGGAGAUCGUAUUUUACAAAAAAAAAUCAUUCCUAACCCGUUCGCGAAGACGCCAAAAACAGCUUCAGCGGCUUUACGAACGGACUACAGUGACGGUUCUGAUUUAGUGAAAAAACGUCCCAUUUUGCAUCCGGGACGCAUCGAAAACAGUAGCAAAAUACCACCCUCUCCGACUAAAGAAACUCCGUUUUCAAGCGCGCUUCCUUUCCCUCACAAAAAUAGUGGGCGACUUUUGAAAUCAAAGUUUUUCACGUGGAGAGAGUGGUGUUUUGCUACAUUUUUUAAUAUUUCCCGGAUGCAAAAUGGUACGUUUUUUGCCACUGGAUCAGGCCCGCCACUGUAGUAGGGACUCGGGGAGUCUCAGUCGCCAUGUUUCACUAUCUCCUUACUAAAAUCCGCAACGUUUUAGCUGCCCCAUAUUUGUGGAGAAUGGAUUCUGUAAUCCGGGCUUAUAUUCGGAUGAGACGAAGAAAGCGACUUGUGGAAAGUCAUGUGGACUAUGUUAGUGUGAAGGAACACCAAAAUUGCGAUCAAUGGGAAACGAGACAGUGAAAGAAAUAACACUCUGUUAUUGGUUUUACAACUUCAUUCCAGGUUUUGACUAUAAACGGCCUAAUUUUGCAUAAAAAUGUUUUAAAAAAUUAGUGGAAAUUAUAUAAACGUGGUCAUAGAAGUUCUUGGAUUCCGUCCUCGCCGAUGAGGCGUAAACCACUGCAAGAAUCGAUGUGCAAUGAUUUGGAAAACCCAGUGCAGGGUUAAUUUCGGGUCGGAAAUGAUUUUUAAAAUUCAGUGCAUUUUUUAAAGUCAGUAAUGAUUUUUCAAAUUCUGUGCAUUUUUUAUAAGUCAGUAAUGAUUUUCGAAAUUCAGUGCUGACUUAGGCCCGGAGCUCCGCCCCCUUUUUCUGGAGCCAAUCAGGUAACAGGUCUCAAAAUGAACGCAAAAGGCGUUAGAAAAACGCCGUUUUUUCACGGAUUUCACUCCGUGCUCCGUUGUAGCCACUAAUGAGGCUUAUGAAGCACCUUUAUACUUUCAAAUAAAACAGAAUCCAGAUUUUUUUUGACAACUUCCAUCCUCGGAAGAAGAAUUAUGAAACUGGAAGCAAGAUAAUUUCUAUGAUGUUUUUUACUGGAAUCAUGACCAUUUGUUAGUGUAAGAAAAUAAACCGGUAUCCUAUAGAAAGUUUAUAUUCGAAACAUGAUACAAGACAACGUUUUACUGUUUCCAUCAUUCUUUCUCUUCAUCAAACACAUCGUCUUCCAGUGGGGCUGAAUCGUUGACCGUUGGCGAUGUCCCGACGUUGAUGGACGAUCGGUUUUCAAUGGCUCGAGUCGCAAUGUCGGAAGCCAACCGGGUAGGGGCUAAAAAUAGUAAAGUAAUUUCUCAUACAAUACUUACCACAAAUUCGGGAGCCAAAAAUUCAUCUUCGAUGAAAAAACGAUCUCCUUUAACAUGGGGGCAUUCCAUCGCGGACCAUCAUUGAGACGUUGUCCAAACUGAAUCCAACGUGAAAUCAAACUUCUCCCAAUGCAGCAUGUUGUUUUUGCUCUUCGUCUUGAACAGCGAAAUCCGUUGGUGUCUGGACCAGUUGCCAGGUUCUUUGAGGACCAAACUGAAGCGAAUUUGAACGUUGAGUUGGGUUUCAGCGACGAAGAAGCCAGCCCCGAACAUCCGAUGGUACCCGUACGUCAGCUGCCCCUUCCACCAGUCGUUCCGUUUAAUAUUAUUUAG